GUGGGGAGAUGCACCGGUCCAUACAAUUGCUGCAGCACUUUUCUUAAAGAAACAUCAGGUCCGUUAUUUUGAGAAAAUUGGGUAUAGCCAUUCUGGUCUUGUAAAUUGUCCUCGAGAAAGAGAGUUUCAAUAUAAAUGUUUAUGCUUUCCUGAAUAUAAUUAUGAAUCAGAUUGCAUUAAAGAGUGA